GGUGGCAGAGAUGAUUGCCUGAAAAUGCAGGCACGCCUUAUGGUGGGACCCAGUUCCAUCAACGGCGGUGGUUUGAUCUCCGCCGCCGCCAAGGGGAUGAUCCUCUUGGUGGACCCGCGAACGCGGUCCCAUGGUCAUGGCCGUACAGCUAAGUGCCGGUGUCGGGCCGCAAUCAACGGCGAUCAGGACCACUACGCCGUGCUCGGACUUUCUCGGGCCGCUUCAUCCGCCGACAUAAAAAAGGCUUAUCGCCUUCUUGCUCGAAAGUAUCAUCCUGAUGUUAGCAAGGAUUCACAAGCUGGUGAGGUGUUUAAAAGCAUACGUCUUGCAUAUGAAAUACUAUCAAAUGAAGCAACAAGAUCUCAGUAUGAUCGAGCACUUAGAUUUCAAGAGCAUACUGGUUGGCCAUGGAGAGGGAGCCAGAACUACAACCAUGAAUUUGAAGAUAGGAUAAGAACCUACAGAUGGGCUGAUCUGAGGCGGAAAAUGCAACGUGAGAGAUAUUGGGAACGAUAUAAUGCCAAUGGGCAGAAUUUUUCUGCUUACAGUGAAACAGAUGAGAUUUUUGAGGAAGAAACCCCUGAUGAAGAGAGAGGCCCCUUCACUGAAGUGCUUAGAUCUGCUUUCCUCUCUCUGUUUUUAAUGCAGACAUUUGGUUCCCAAAUAGCUCUCACAUUUACUGCUCUGAUGGCUUUUGUGGACAGGAAGUUGGAUGCUGGAUAUAAGCUAGGUUAUUUAAUUGCAUGGAUUUUAGGAGGGAGAGGUGGCAUAUUGCUUACUUUGUGCCUCUCAUUUGCCAGUUGGGUUUGUGGAAAAACCAGCAGCAGUGUAGUCACUCUAGUGGUGGUAGCCAUGUGGGUUGGCUCAAAUCUUGCAAGAUAUGCUCCACUUCCUCAAGGUGCACUUCUUACACUAUUGUACAUGUCUAUUAAACUACAAGUAGAUCUAAACUAAAUCGUUUCCUGCUUCUUGUGUAAUGAAUGUUUAUAUUCAUUUUCCUAAAGGUGAUUGUAAAUAUGUCUUUCCAUCAAAUAAAACUCAAUGGUGUCAAUUGUUUGAUUAUAAGGAAAUGUUUAGCAAUGCUGAUGAAAAUUCAAAAUCCUUUGUAUCAA